AGACAAAAGUCGUAGUGCAAAGCGUCAGCGAGUUUCAGUGAGCUGGUUCUGUGAGUGACCUUGAUCCCCUCGCGAGUUGUGUGACAAUCUCGUUCGCAAGAAGCCGAACCCGUCAGUACUAAUCGAAUCAUCGUUGCAGAAACUUACCGCUAGCGGCUUUUCUAAAUCAGCGCGACAGGAAAACAAAAAUGAAAACCUUUGCUGAAGUUCUACUCGUCGCGGCGUGUUUCGUCGCAUAUACGCACAGCUUCCCCGGUGCACGUAACGCAGAUACUAGCGACAAAAAUAAUGUAGACACCGUCGUUGUUUUGCCAUCCGAUGUUGGAAGUCAAAUGAUGUCAGCAGCCUUCGAUUUCCCUGAUGUGAGCUUUGACAGCGACAGUGACAGUCUUGAAAGUUCAACCUGGAAUUGGAACAGGUUGUUCAGGUCAAACUUCUUGGACGGGUGGUAUUCCAGCCUGCAAGCCCACAUGAAGAGGAUAAGAGAUCAGAUGGCUGGCAUUUUGUCACGCAUUCCCGGAGAUGGGGUUGUGAAUUGGAGCAAGAUUCCUGAAGGAGCGAACACCACCUCCACCACCAAGAUCAUCAAUGGACACGUGUUGACCAUCAACGAAACAACCUACACCGAUGGUGACGACGAAUACAGCACGCUGAUCCGCGUCCGUGUUAUUGACGUGAGGCCUCAGAACGAAACUCUCUUGCAGACCGAAAACGAGGCUGAUGCCGAAGUAACCACCCUUCCUACAGUUACGGGUACCGGAGGGACCACUAGUACCGACACCAGCAAAGUAGACCGCACCACACCCUCACGAAGCGUGGAAACCGUGGAAGAAUUCGACAACGAAAUACCGAAGAAUCAAGUGGACACUCUAACUGCUUGAGACAAUCGAGAAACAAUCUAAAAGAAUAGCGUCGGAUUUAUUGAAUCCGAAAGAUCGUUCCAUUAUUUUUUAUCAAUUUUUACAAAAAUUUAAUAAUUGGUUUAUAUAUCGUAUUAUAUAUCUUAUAUAUACAUAUACCAUCAUUGAAUGAUUUGAGAUUAUUUUUCGCAAUGUUUAAAACAUAUAUUUAUAUAACGUCUUCCUGAAUGCAGUGUAUAAUCAAAAAUUUAUGCAAGAAAAUAAUUUUAUUAAAUUAAAUUUAAAGUAUAAUUUUAUAGUAAGUAACCGGAAUGAUGCGUGAUCUCAAACUUUUAGAUGGUGUCUGUAUAUUGCCGUAAUUAUAUUUUUACACAGUAUAGCUAUGUACUUAGGUACACUAUACGUAUAUAACUUAAUCAGUAAAAUAGCAAUAAUAACAUAAAUACAUAGUAAAAGAACAUAAGAUUUCCGUCCGCGACACUCUUUCGGAUUCAACGACGACAUUCGUGUAUAAGAAAUUGUAAACCAUCGCGAUGCAAUAAAAUGUUGACUAUCGUAGAGUUCUAUAGAUGAUAUACAUAUAUGUUAUAUGUUCUAUAGCUAUGUACAUUAUAUAUUUAAGAGAGUCACCUGUAACGAAGCCGAUUGUUAUAACGUUUAGAGAUAUGCUUUCUCGGAGAUGAACGCAUAAACUAAACUAUACUAUAGUUACGUAUAGCAGUCCUAUGAAAUAGCAGCAUUAGUGAGACUAUAUUACAGGUUGUACACCAUCCAUAAUAUUCGACAGUAAGACAUUUUGAAAGAGAACGAAAACAUCUUUUCUUCGAAUUUUUGCUUAAAUGAAAACAUACGAGUCAACAAUACCCUUCUGGAAUUUUUCUUCUGGAUUCUCUUCCUUAUCCUUGAAGUCAGGAAAAUCUCUUAGUAAGAAUACAUGCAUGUAACAGAAAUUUUAUACGUGUAUUCGUUUGUAAUGAUCAACCGUAUUUUACUUAUGCUAAUAAAUCCUUGAAAGAAUGUUUAAAUAUAUUUACGUGUAAGUAUACCGAGCGAUUUAAAAAGUACAGAAUAGCUGUUUUCUUAUCCAGUCUUUGACUGGAGAGGGAUCAAGAUAAAUGGGAACUAUUUUUUUAUGAGAUCAGAAAUGGUACAGUUUAAAAUGUAACGAGUUGUUUCGCGCGAAGAUAAUUUUUUAAUGAAAGUAAAUGUUAGCAUAAAAAAUAAAUAUUGUUGGCAUAA